AGGACGCUAACGGAAGCCCGCGGCGCCUGGCUAGCCGGGCGGGCUCUGGGACUGGCGAGCCGAGUGCGGGGACGCGGGUUUCCUUCUUAUUCAGAACCCAAAAAACCCUCAAUACUAAUGCCAAUCAACGUACACUGAAAUAAGAGGUGGCACAAUAGAAGUUAGCCUAAUUGAAGAAAUAUUAUCAAUGAUUAUACUUUACAUUGAUAGUAGAACCUUGUUGGAGACAAGCUGUACUUAAAGUUUUGAUGGCAGAAAAAAGUUCCAAGAGUCAGUCUAAUGAUGUAAUUUGGAUAUUGAUGCUAAAAUUCCUGGUAUAUUUCAAUAAUCGAAGAGUAAUCAUACAACAUCCUUAAGAGUGGAACAGUCCUAGAUAAUCUAUAACUGAUGGUUACUUAGUUACAGAAGAUCAUCUCCACAUCUGUUCUAAAGCAAGGUCAUCUAUGUCUAGGCAGACUUACAGUGUAAAGGAAGCAAUGGAGCAACUCACAGGACCUGAUGGACAAAAAUGGGCCAAUAUGGACCCAGAAGAACGAAUGUUAGCAGCUGCUACAGCUUUUACCCAUAUCUGUGCAGGGCAGGGUGAGGGAGAUACCAGGAGAGAAGCACAGUCUACCCAGUACGAUCCUUACAGUAAAGCUUCGGUAACUUCAGGAAAGAGACCUGCUUUUCCUGUGCAACCGCAGUACCAGUACACAGAAAGUCUGGUCACUUCAGACACAGUCUCAGAGGCCUCUCAAAGGCCCCGAAAGCCAGUGAUGAAGAGAAAGGUGCUACGUAGGAAACCAGGAGGCGAGGUCCAAGUGACAGAUGAGUCCAUUGUCAGUGAAUCAGAAAGUGAUUCUGUGCCGGGCAGCAGCAUAGAAAGUGAUCUAGAUCUCUGGGACCUAAGACAAAGGUUGAUAAAUCUGCAGUUUCAGGAAGACGGGGAAUCUGAAGAUAGUACUUCACAAAAACCAGAUGAGUACCAAGGAAUUUCCCAGGAACAGCUCAUGUGCUAUUUACAGAGAGAAGGAAUGAGCCCUCCAGCUUAUGAACAAGAUCUGAUUGUUGCCAGCAGACCUAAGUCUUUUAUUCUCCCAAAGCUGGACCAGUUAAGCCGAAACCGGGGCAAGAUAGACCGGGUAGCCCGAUAUUUUGAGUACAAAAAGGACUGGGACUCAAUGCGGUUACCUGGUGAAGAUCACAGGAAAGAGCUACGCUGGGGUGUCCGAGAACAGAUGCUUUCCCGAACGGAACCUCAAUCCAAGCCUCAACACAUAUAUGUUCCAAACAAUUACUUAGUACCAACUGAGAAGAAAAGAUCUGCACUUCGUUGGGGUGUGCGUUGUGAUCUUGCAAAUGGCGUUAUGCCCAAGAAGCUUCCCUUCUCUCUUUCUCCUUCUUAAGUCUUUACCUAUCUCUUCAUCCACAGGAUUGAUUAGGAUAGCCUGGUUCUUAGAAUCUCUUAAACUGAAAAAACAAAACCCACAGAAUUUUAUAGAGAAUGACUUCACCCACCAUUGGUCUUUCUUAGCUGUAUUAUCACAUAGAUAUGAAACACCACUCAAUUUCUGAAUUUCCAUUCACAAAUGCAGUAAUUGUAAGAGAAUCAUGCCAGAGAAAGAAAAGCCUCCCUGGUCUUUGUAUUUUGUUUAGUUCGCAAGUACAAUUUCCUUUUUACCUUGGGACAAUGAGAACUGCGUUUGAAUGUGUUUUUACAGUUGGUGGGCAGUAAGCUCACAUAUUAAAAGAGUUUUGGGAGUUCA